UGCACGAUAACGCAACACCCCUCGCCAGUCGAGACUCCCUCCAUUUAUAGACUCAAGGUGUGUUUCGUAAUUAGGGACGACAUUUGAAGGACCACGAGGGUCCCGAAAGAAAAGUCCGCGAUGGCUUCAACACCGUCCGCGUCAGCGCUGUCCGCUGUUCUCCGGUGUCAGGGCAAUAUACUCGCCCGAAAGCGGGCGAACAAGACGCGGCCCGCGGCAUCGGUGUACGGGCUCGGGAUGAAGUCUUCUGACAGAUCGUAUUUUCGAGCUCUCUACUUGUUUCAUUGGGAGAAGUUGGAGAUUCCGGGUCUUUUGUCUGUUUCGACGCGCUGUUCAAGGCAAUCUGCUAAAAGAAACCCCGAAGCCAAAGAUCAGCUGUUAAAAAACUCGCUUUUGUCAAAGAAGUGCAGCAAAACGAAACUCAAAUCGGAUCGAAACGGUGUUGCGUUUCUAUCUGAGCGGUGUAGUAUUUUAUCCCGAGGCAACCUGGUUCUACGAGUGGAUGAUUUAAGAAAAACCCUUUCGGAGUGUCCAAGGACUUUCUGUGUUUAUAUAGUUUGUGCUCAGAAGAGCGCUUUGAACCAUAAUGAAACGGAUUCGUUAUUUCCUCUUGACUUACUGUCGUUUUUAAAGAAUAGACUGCUGUGUCUAACAGCUGCAGUGUCUGACACCGUCCGGAUGAGACUGGGAAUAGACUGGACGAACCAGAUUGAUCCGGAUUGUGAUAAGCUGAGUGGAUGUGUUCAGUAUAACACAAAAGACCACAAGAAAGCGGAAUCUGAGACUUGGCAGAGAGAAGCUUCUGAACCUGAGGAAUGAAUCUCCUGAAGAUCGUUUAGACAACGUGCACCUCACACAAAUUCUCCUUUAGGCUGUCUGAAAGACGUAUGGAUUGACUUAUAUGUGGAUUUUUGUAAUGCCAGUGUAACCGCACUGUAUGUUUUGGCUUGCAUUGUCUUGUAUGAAUGUGCACUGUUACGGUACAGAUUUUAUACUCUUAAUACUGUAUUGUUGCACACCUGAAGUUUGCCUUAGGAAUAAUGAAUGUUAAAAUAUUAUUUUAACGAUAAGGAAAUGUACAAUCUGCUAACCAUGAGCAGACUUAAUAUCAAAUUAUAAAAAAUAGUUGAAUAGACUAAAUGGAAAAUGAUGUUGCAAUGUGUGCCUGAGUUUCUGGCUAAUAUUAAAUAACAUAUUCAAUGGCUGUAUCAAUAA